AUGUUCAAACAUCGCUUCCAAGACAAGUCAACGUGGUUAUACUACGCUCUCGCGAGGCGCUGCGCCGCCACGGAACCAACCCUAGUUUGCCACCUUGCACGCAGUCUCAUCUUUGUGCGUGAUGGCGUAUACGAUGUCUCAGAGACACACGACUUCCAGCACUAUCAUCAGCCUUGCCUAGUUCUGGUGGACAAGGAUGAUACUCUUCAAGGCAUCACAGACGCGUUAGCCGAGUAG